UAUAUCUAUCCCCCUCGCACUUUGUGGAUUUGCAAAAUUAGCACCAACAACGCUAAUACUUCAAACAAUAAAACAGAGAAUGUAAAAUAUAUAUGAAUAAAAGGAAGGAAAAAGUGAAGAAGCAAAAUUGACAAUAGCGUAAAAGCGAAAGAAUAAGUGGAGAAUAAGUGUUAAAGAAAACAUCAAAUAGUUGACUCUUGCCUGGUAGAUGUCUGAUUUUCGUUUGUUGGAGGAAUAGAGAAACAUUUACAAUUUUUGAAAAUAAAUUUGAAACAAAACUACAAUAAAGGUUUUAUAUUGAAAAAAAACUUAUAUAAAACGACAGGAAAUAUUGUGGAGAGCAACGGUUGCGAGACGCAGUGAUUCUUUAUUAAGGUCACUCGCUUUGCACCGCCUAUUUGAUCUCAACAAUUCAUCUGUAAUUGAAAUAGUGUGCAAAAAAUACCAAAUUUAUAAGAAAACUUAAUUUGACGUUCCAUCAUGUCAUCUACAUCGGCGGCAGGUGGUAGUAGUGGUGCAGGCAGUGGAAGCUCGGCGACAGCCUCCGCUACCACUCCUAGCGCUGGUAAUAGUAUGCACGCCAGCAGUGGACGAGGACGAAACAGCAACACUGGAGGAGUUAAUGCUACAAAUUCGGGUGCAGGUAGUUCGAAUGCCAAUCUUAACAGCAUUGUAAAUAGUGCUGCAUCUGUCGCUGCAGGUUCCGGAACAGGAGAAGAGACACGUAAGGAUCCAAAACCAAAUCCAAAAAUUUCCAAAGCAUUGGGUACCUCAGCUAAGCGCAUACAGAAAGAAUUGGCUGAAAUUACAUUAGAUCCUCCACCGAAUUGUAGUGCUGGUCCUAAAGGAGAUAAUCUGUAUGAAUGGGUUUCAACUAUAUUAGGACCCCCAGGAUCAGUGUACGAAGGCGGUGUAUUUUUUCUGGACAUACAUUUCUCACCGGAAUAUCCGUUCAAACCACCAAAAGUGACAUUUCGCACACGUAUAUAUCACUGCAAUAUAAAUAGUCAGGGUGUCAUAUGCUUGGAUAUUCUCAAAGAUAAUUGGUCACCAGCGUUGACUAUAUCCAAAGUUCUACUGUCUAUUUGUUCCCUGCUGACUGAUUGUAAUCCUGCGGACCCCUUGGUUGGCAGCAUUGCCACUCAAUACUUGCAGAAUCGUGAGGAACACGAUAGAAUCGCCAGACUUUGGACAAAAAGGUUUGCCCAAUAACCGGGCAAAACAUGUUUUUUGUACAUUUAAUUUAACCUAAUUUUUUACAGAUACGCAACAUGAUUUCCUAAUCUUGUAAGUCCCAACAUUAAAAUAAUAUAUAACAGCAGCAACAGUAGUAGCAAUACAAAAAGUUAUGGCUGCAGCAAAUAAAAAUUUAUAAUAAUACAAGCGAAACGAAUAUUUGCAAACAUCCUGCAAGUAAAUGAUAAUGGUAAAAAUAUAAUUUUAAAAGGAAUUUGACUUUCCAAACUAUGUAUAACACUAUCUAAUAUAUAUUAGUAAUUAAUUAUAAAAAUAAUAAUAUAAUGAAAAAAUGUUAAGCAGAUAUUGGUUAGGAAGCGAUAGCGAGGGUAUGAACGUAUUUGAUCAAAUUUAGUAUCAAGUUUAAAUUAGCGUACUUUUUCUCUAGAUUUUUUUCCAUUCAACAGAAAGCGUGUAAGAAACGUCAUACUACGAAAUAUAAAGAAUCGAGUAUCUGCUAUAAUUAUGAUAUACAAGUACAUACAUAUAAUAUAUAUCUCGUUUUAUUUUGUGUAAAAAAAUAAGCAGACAAUUGCAACUUCAAGUAACCAAUAAGUAAGAAAUGAACCAAAACUGCUAAUACGAUGUCAAAAUAAAAAGCAUAACAAUAAAAGCUGAAUAGAUAUAUACAAAUAAAAAACAAAUCGGCAAUGAAAAGUAAAAACAAAACAAAAAAUACAAAAUUUAAGAUAACAUAAAGAAGCUGAUAAAUCUGUUCGAUUAAUUGUAUUGUAGCAUCGGAACUGAGAAGCAGGUGACAAAUUCUUGUCUUUAAAUUGUAAACAUAAUCGUGAGCAUCAAAUAAAAAUUAUAAUAAAAAGGCUCAUAAAAUUUAA